AUGAAUAGUGAGGAAGAAAUUCUUAAAUAAUUUGAUACAUUGCUCAAACAAGUAAAUAGUUAUGAGGACUAAAAUCCUGGGGAUGAUAAACUUAUGGAGUUGAUAGAGAAAUUUCAACAAACCCAAUAAGCAAUUAUUAAGCAACACAUUUUUUCUCCAAAUGAAGAAUUCAAUGAAAUCAAAACAGAACAUCUUAAAUUUUUCUUAUUGCCUUACUAUGUUGGUUGGGCAUUAGCUUAAGUGUAAAAUGAAGACAUUAGAUAAAAGAACGUUGAAGCAUCUAAUUAUUACGUGAAGGAAUUUCUGAAACUAUUGAGACAUUACGAAAUACUAAAAGGAAUCCCAUUAAAAUUAUUUAAAUCCAUGAUGGAGAACGAAACUCUAUAAAUUAACAGAGAUGACAAGAUAGCAAACUACAAGGAACAGCAAACCUUGAAUAAACAGAUACAGAACUUGUAAAAAUUAGAUGAUGAUAAAUUAUCGAGAGAAAUUAUAACAUUGCAAUUAAAUUAAAAAAUUAUAUCCUCAUUGGAUAUUCUGAAUACUAAUCAAUAAGAAUUGGAUAUACUAAAGUUCAAAUCGCAAAUGAAAAAAGAUAAACAACUUCAAUAGCAAUAUUAGGAUCAAUAAGAAAAGCCAAUCCCAAAAAUGAAAGUCUGGAAUAUUCCAAAACCCACUAUGCAACCUUAAUUCUUUGAUCCACACUGCCAACAUUGCUAAACUGAAUCUGAACUUAGACAAAAACAUGUGACCGAAGUUUGGUAACCCAAUGCAGCCAGACUUCCAAAUAUGACUUUAGAUGAAUUCGCUGAUUCAGAAAUGAAAUUUGCUUAAGAUUAAGAAGCCAAAAUGAAAAAGGCAUAAGAGGAACAACAAAAACUAGAAUAAGAUAAGGAUGAUGACAAAGAUUAUUGGGCAGACUAAUAAACAUUGAAAGAUAGAAACUGGGAUGAUUGGAAAGAUGACAAUGAAAAAGGAGCUGGUAAUAAAAUGGGUAGAUGA